UUUUACAUACUUUUCAUAUUUCUUAGACAAUUGCUUUUUAUAAUUUAUCUAGAGUCUUAAAUUUCGAUCUGUGGGAAAUAUAUACUGUAGUGAGCUUAAUCUAACUUAGCCAAAAUCAACGGUUUCAGAAUACAGUCAAGAACUUUAAUUGUCCUUGAGCUUUUAUGUAGAUCUCCCCCUACCUAAGAAGGUUGAUUGUUAAAACAUGAAGCCAACAAAUCUAUCAGAGAGAUUCUUGGUAUGACAUCUGUGUUCCCACUCUGGCAUCCUGUGUUCCUGUUUGAAGUUCAUCAUUCUGACAAAGAUGAGGAAUAUCUCGAUGGUGACCAAGCUUCUUCUGCUGGGUAUCCUGCACACAGAGGGUCUGGAGACCAUGCUCUUUAUUUUGUUUUUGUCCUUCUACUUCUUCACCCUGUUGGGGAACCUGCUCAUCCUACUCAUAAUUGUCUCCUCCACUAGGCUUCACACUCCCAUGUACUUCUUUCUGGGCAAGCUAUCUGUAUGUGACAUAUUUUUCCCCUCGGUGAGCUCCCCCAAGAUGUUGUUCUACCUCUCAGGAAACAGUCAAGAUAUCUCCUAUGCAGGCUGUGUGUCCCAGCUCUUUUACCACUUCCUGGGCUGCGCUGAGGGUUCCCUGUACACUGUGAUGACCUAUGACCGCUUUGUGGCCAUAUGUUACCCUCUGCGCUACACAGUCAUCAUGAGCUACAGAGUGUGUGCCAUUCUGGCCACGGGGACCUCUUUUUUUGGCUGUAUUCAGGCCAUCUUUCUAACCACUCUCACCUUCCAGUUGCCCUACUGUGGUCCCAAUGAGGUGGACUAUUACUUUUGUGAUAUCCCAGUGAUGCUGAAGCUGGCCUGUGCAGAU